AGUGAACGAUAGCAUCAGAGACGAUAGCCGGUCUCCCGUCGUGAUUGAUGUUUUCAUUCCGGGGUUCUGCUAUAACGCAGGUGUAAUUUUCGCCGGAAAUAUUCGCGCUAAAACAGUCUGAAAGGCAAAAAAAACAGAAAGAGUCUCACCUUACGACUUUUGCCGAGCUGUCAGUGCCAAACCACACCUCGCCUACGUCGCCGUGAUCUUCGAAGUUGUCGAUUUCCAGGGAAUAGGUCCUCUCCCAACUGCCUUGUUGCUCCGAGUUUCCAGAAAGAUGAGCAGCAUGAAUCUGUCUGGACUUGCAAACUUGGGUAAGCAAUGCCUGAAGGUGCAAAAUUCUACUUUGCGACCCAUGUCUGUGGCUGCGCAGCCAAAGAUUCAAGAGAAUGCAAAGCCAAAAACUGGUAUUUUGAUGUUGAACAUGGGAGGACCAUCGACAACAGAUAAGGUUGGAGAAUAUUUACAUAGGAUUAUGACUGACCGUGACAUGAUUCAGCUUCCAGUGCAAAGCCGCCUAGGACCAUGGAUUGCUCGAAGGCGUACUCCAGAGGUUCAAAAGAAGUACCAAGAAAUUGGAGGUGGUUCUCCAAUUCUCAAAUGGACAAACAUUCAAGGUGAAUUGUUAUGCAAGAAAUUGGAUCGGAUGUCUCCAGAAACAGCACCACACAAGCAUUAUGUUGGUUUUAGAUAUGUAGAUCCAUUGACUGAUGACACAUUAGAGAAAAUCGAAGAGGAUGGAAUUCAGCGAACAGUUUUAUUCUCACAGUAUCCGCAGUACAGUUGUGCUACCUCAGGAUCUAGUUUUAAUGCAAUUUAUAAAUAUUACAAAACCAGAAAGUUUCCAGAAAACCAAAAAUGGAGUAUUAUCGACAGAUGGUCUACACAUCCUCUUCUAAUUAAAACCUUUGCAGAACGCAUAAAAGCAGAGUUAAAAGAAUUUCCAGAAAGCAUAAGGAAGGAUGUCAUUAUAUUGUUUUCAGCACACUCGCUUCCUCUUAAGGCAGUAAACCGAGGUGAUCCAUAUCCGGGAGAAGUCGGUGCGACAGUGCAACUAGUGAUGGAAGAAUUAAAAUUCUGCAACCCAUACAACUUGGUGUGGCAGUCAAAGGUCGGACCGUUACCCUGGUUGGGUCCUUUCACAGAUGAGGCGUUGAAGGGUUACAAAAAGCAGGGGAAGAACAACUUUAUUUUGGUUCCCAUUGCAUUCGUCAAUGAGCACAUUGAAACUUUACAUGAAAUGGAUAUCGAGUAUUGCGAAGAAUUGCGACAAGAGCUAAAAAUUGACACUAUUAGGAGGGCAAAGGCUCCUAAUGAUCAUCCGCUCUUUAUCGAAGCAUUGGCCGAUAUAGUGUCCACUCACUUGAAGUCUGAUAAAUUAGUGACGCCAAAGUUCCUCAACAGAUGUCCGCACUGUGUCAAUCAAAAUUGCGCAGAUAGCAAAAAUUGGUUUUCUAAAAUAUGCAAGGCAUAAAAUGUCUUGUUAUAGAAGAAGGAAGCUUUGACUCAGCAUUUACAUUUUGUACAUUUACUUUUUAGGCCCAUCGAUUUACUACUUUAUAAUUGAAUUGUUAAUAAAUGUUUGGUUGUUUAUCAA